AUGGCACCACCGUUCAGAGCUGAUCAAGUCGGCUCGCUACUGCGCCCAAAAAGCCUUGUCGAAGCGAGAAAGAACCUGAAUCUUCAGGGUGCGCGGCUCAGAAACGGCCCUGCCACUCAGGAGGAGGGAGAAGAUGAUGCCACCACGGGCCCUUCGACCGACGGGGCCGAUCCAACGGAGGUCCUACGAACCGAGCAAGCAAAGGCCAUCAAGGACGUCGUCGGCGAGCAACUCUCGCGCCAGAUCCUGCCCAUCACCACGGGCGAAUACGAGCGGGGCAUCUUCUACGGCAACUUCUUCGAGUCCCUCUCGGGCUUCACGAUGCGGUACACGCCCAUGUCCGAGUUCAAGGUCGACUUCCCCACGAACCGGCCUUUGAUCAAGUGGGGGCUGCCCGGUCGCGACGCGGGGUUUCCGACCUCCAACAAGGUCACGCUCGAGAAGUCGGCGUACCUGGAUGACUGGCUCUACUUGCGCAGCCUCCUGCCCGAGGAGAAGUGGCGGGAUGCGAAGAUGACGGUGCCCCCGCCGGGGUGGUGGCACAUCCAGCUCAAGGAGCCCUUUGACCGGCGGCUUUACGAGACCGACGAGGCGCUGUUGCGCGACCUGAGCGCCGCGGUACGCAAGGAGAUUUUGACGCUGUACGAUCACGGCCUGCGGGUGGUGCAGGUGGACGACCCGAACCUGUCGUUCUUCUGCGACGAGGAGUGGAUCCAGACGUGCCAGAGAGAAGGUGUCGACCUCGAGCGACUGCUCGCGCUGUACGUGCAGUCCCACAACGACGCCAUCGCAGACCUGCCCGCGGACCUACACGUCGGCAUCCACAUCUGCCGUGGCAACUUCCCCAACGGCGUGGGCCUGGCAAGCGGCAGCUACGAGCGGAUCGCGCGGACGCUGUUCACCGAGACCGGCUACCGCUUGUUCUAUCUCGAGUUCGACAGCCCGCGGGCCGGCGACUUCACGCCGCUCCAGUACCUGCCCGCGGACAAGGCGGUGGUGCUGGGUGUGGUGACGACCAAGUCAUCCGAGAUGGAGGAUCUGGACGAGCUGAAGCGGCGCGUCUACCAGGCCGCGGACGUCGUGGCCAAGGGGCAGGGGAACGGGCGGGCGCGGGAGGAUGCGCUGCGAGACAAUCUGGCCGUGUCGCCGCAGUGCGGCUUCGCGAGUGAUCAUUCCGAGGGCGGCAUCGGCAUGACCAGGGAGCGCAUGUGGGAGAAGCUCGAGCUGGUCAAGAGGCUGGCCGAGGAGAUCUGGCCGGGCUGGGCCGACGGGAGGAAAUAA